GAUGAAAGCAGCUCCAUUAGCAGUGGACUCAGCGAUGCCUCAGACAACCUCAGCUCAGAAGAGUUCAAUGCCAGCUCCUCACUCAAUUCCCUCCCAACGACUCCCACUGCUUCUCGCAGGAACUCUACAAUAGUGCUACGCACAGACUCAGAGAAGCGCUCUCUGGCAGAAAGCGGGUUAAACUGGUUUAGUGAAUCGGAGGAGAAGGCCCCCAAAAAACUGGAGUACGACAGUGGGAGCCUGAAGAUGGAACCUGGGACUUCUAAGUGGCGGAGAGAGCGGCCUGAGAGUUGUGAUGAUUCAUCCAAGGUUGGAGAACUGAAAAAGCCCAUCAGCCUGGGACACCCUGGUUCCCUGAAAAAGGGAAAGACCCCACCAGUUGCUGUCACGUCCCCUAUCACUCAUACAGCCCAGAGUGCCCUCAAAGUUGCAGGCAAACCUGAAGGUAAAGCUACAGACAAGGGUAAGCUUGCAGUGAAGAAUACUGGCCUACAGCGCUCCUCUUCUGAUGCUGGCCGGGAUCGCCUGAGCGAUGCCAAGAAGCCCCCCUCGGGCAUUGCUCGCCCCUCCACUUCGGGAUCCUUUGGCUACAAGAAGCCGCCUCCUGCCACAGGCACGGCCACCGUCAUGCAGACUGGUGGUUCAGCCACUCUCAGCAAGAUCCAGAAGUCCUCAGGCAUCCCUGUCAAGCCAGUAAAUGGACGCAAGACUAGCUUAGAUGUAUCCAACAGUGCAGAGCCUGGAUUCCUGGCUCCUGGAGCCCGUUCCAACAUCCAGUACCGCAGCCUGCCCCGGCCAGCCAAGUCGAGCUCUAUGAGUGUCACCGGUGGGCGGGGUGGACCUCGCCCUGUUAGUAGCAGCAUUGACCCCAGUCUCCUCAGCACCAAGCAGGGAGGCCUUACACCCUCCAGACUGAAGGAGCCUUCCAAGGUACCCAGUGGGCGGACCACUCCAGCCCCUGUCAAUCAGACGGACCGGGAAAAGGAGAAGGCCAAAGCCAAGGCUGUGGCCUUGGACUCAGAUAACAUCUCCCUGAAGAGCAUUGGCUCCCCAGAGAGUACUCCCAAGAACCAAGCAAGUCACCCCUCAGCCACCAAGUUGGCAGAGCUACCACCAACUCCUCUCAGGACCACAGCUAAGAGCUUUGUCAAGCCACCUUCACUAGCCAAUCUAGAUAAGGUCAACUCCAACAGCCUGGAUCUGCCAGCCUCCAGUGAUGCCCACGCUUCGAAGGUCCCAGAUCUGCACGCUACAAGCUCAGCAACUGGGUCCCCUCUCCCUUCUUGCUUCACCCCCAGUCCAGCACCCAUCCUCAAUAUUAACUCAGCCAGCUUCUCCCAGGGCCUGGAGCUAAUGAGUGGUUUCAGUGUCCCAAAGGAGACCCACAUGUACCCCAAACUCUCAGGCCUGCACAGGAGCAUGGAGUCCCUCCAGAUGCCAAUGAGCCUGCCCAGUGCCUUUCCCAGCAGUGCUCCCAUCCCCACCCCACCUGCUCCCCCUGCUGCACCCCCAGAGGAGGAGACAGAAGAGCUGACCUGGAGUGGAAGCCCCAGAACUGGGCAGCUGGACGGUAAUCAGCGGGAUCGGAACACCCUUCCCAAGAAAGGGCUCAGGUACCAGCUUCAGUCCCAGGAGGAGACCAAGGAGAGGCGACACUCCCAUACCAUCAGUGGGCUGCCCGAAUCAGACGACCAGUCAGAACUGCCUUCUCCACCUGCGCUCCCCCUGUCCCUGAGUGCAAAGGGCCAGCUUACCAACAUAGUGAGUCCCACUGCGGCCACCACGCCAAGAAUCACCCGCUCCAACAGCAUCCCCACCCACGAGGCGGCCUUCGAGCUGUACAGCGGCUCCCAAAUGGGGAGCACCCUGUCCCUGGCCGAGAGACCCAAGGGAAUGAUUCGGUCAGGAUCCUUCCGAGACCCCACGGACGAUGUUCAUGGCUCAGUGCUGUCCCUGGCCUCCAGUGCCUCCUCCACUUACUCCUCACAAAUCCGGAAGCUUCGUAGGGAACUGGAAUCAUCCCAAGAAAAAGUGGCCACCCUGACAUCUCAGCUUUCUGCCAAUGCUAAUCUAGUGGCUGCUUUUGAGCAGAGCCUGGUGAAUAUGACAUCCCGCCUACGACACCUGGCAGAGACAGCAGAGGAGAAGGACACCGAGCUGCUGGACUUGCGAGAAACCAUCGACUUUCUGAAGAAAAAGAAUUCUGAGGCCCAGGCAGUCAUUCAGGGAGCCCUUAAUGCCUCAGAAACCACACCCAAAGAACUUCGGAUCAAGAGACAGAACUCCUCAGACAGCAUCUCUAGCCUCAACAGCAUCACCAGCCAUUCCAGCAUUGGCAGCGGCAAGGAUGCUGAUGCAAAGAAGAAGAAAAAAAAGAGUUGGCUUCGAAGCUCCUUCAAUAAAGCCUUCAGUAUAAAAAAGGGACCCAAGUCAGCUUCCUCAUACUCUGAUAUUGAGGAGAUUGCCACACCUGACUCCUCGGCCCCCUCAUCCCCUAAACUACAGCAUGGUUCCACAGAGACUGCUUCACCCUCCAUCAGGUCCUCCAACUCAUCCUCUGUGGGCAUUGAUGUCACCGAGAGCCCUGCUAACUCGGUUCCCCACACUAGGAUGUUCCAUGCCAAUGAGGAGGAGGAGCCAGAGAAGAAGGAAGUAUCAGAGCUGCGUUCUGAACUAUGGGAAAAAGAAAUGAAGCUUACAGACAUACGCUUAGAAGCCCUCAACUCUGCCCAUCAACUGGACCAGCUUCGAGAGACCAUGCACAACAUGCAGUUGGAGGUGGACCUGCUGAAAGCAGAAAAUGACCGGCUGAAGGUAGCCCCAGGCCCCUCAUCAGGCUCCACUCCAGGGCAGGUCCCUGGAUCAUCCGCUUUAUCAUCCCCUCGCCGCUCCCUGGGCCUUGCACUCACCCAUUCCUUCAGCCCAAGUCUCACAGACACAGACCUGUCACCCAUGGAUGGCAUCAGUAUCUGUGGUCCAAAGGAGGAAGUGACCCUCCGGGUGGUGGUGAGGAUGCCCCCCCAGCACAUCAUCAAAGGGGACUUAAAGCAACAGGAAUUCUUCCUGGGAUGUAGCAAGGUCAGUGGAAAAGUUGACUGGAAGAUGCUGGAUGAUGCUGUUUUCCAAGUAUUCAAGGACUAUAUUUCCAAGAUGGACCCAGCCUCUACCCUGGGACUAAGUACCGAGUCCAUCCACGGCUACAGCAUCAGCCAUGUGAAACGAGUGUUGGAUGCUGAGCCCCCAGAGAUGCCUCCCUGCUGCCGAGGUGUCAAUAACAUAUCAGUCUCCCUCAAAGGUCUGAAGGAGAAGUGCGUCGACAGCCUUGUGUUUGAGACGCUGAUUCCCAAGCCAAUGAUGCAGCACUACAUAAGCCUCCUGCUCAAGCACCGGCGCCUCGUCCUCUCAGGCCCCAGUGGCACAGGCAAGACCUACCUGACCAAUCGAUUGGCUGAGUACCUAGUGGAGCGCUCGGGCCGCGAGGUCACUGAGGGCAUCGUCAGCACCUUCAACAUGCACCAGCAGUCUUGUAAGGAUCUGCAACUCUAUCUCUCUAACCUGGCCAACCAGAUAGACCGGGAAACAGGAAUUGGGGAUGUACCCCUGGUGAUCCUGUUGGAUGACCUAAGUGAAGCAGGCUCCAUCAGUGAGCUGGUCAAUGGUGCCCUUACCUGCAAGUAUCACAAAUGUCCCUAUAUUAUAGGUACCACCAAUCAGCCUGUAAAAAUGACACCCAACCAUGGCUUGCACUUGAGCUUCAGGAUGCUGACCUUCUCCAACAACGUGGAGCCAGCCAAUGGCUUCCUGGUCCGUUACCUGAGGAGGAAGCUGGUAGAGUCAGACAGCGACAUCAAUGCCAACAAGGAAGAGCUGCUUCGGGUGCUCGACUGGGUACCCAAGCUGUGGUAUCAUCUCCACACCUUCCUUGAGAAGCACAGCACCUCAGACUUCCUCAUCGGCCCCUGCUUCUUUCUGUCCUGUCCCAUUGGCAUUGAGGACUUCCGGACUUGGUUCAUUGACCUGUGGAACAACUCUAUCAUUCCCUACCUACAGGAAGGAGCCAAGGAUGGGAUCAAGGUCCAUGGACAGAAAGCUGCUUGGGAGGACCCAGUGGAGUGGGUCCGGGACACUCUUCCCUGGCCAUCAGCCCAACAAGACCAGUCAAAGCUGUACCACCUGCCGCCACCCACCGUGGGCCCUCACAGCAUUGCCUCACCUCCCGAGGACAGGACAGUCAAAGACAGCACCCCAAGUUCUCUGGACUCAGACCCCCUGAUGGCCAUGUUGCUGAAACUCCAAGAAGCUGCCAACUACAUUGAAUCUCCAGAUCGAGAAACCAUCCUGGACCCCAACCUCCAGGCAACGCUCUGAGGGGCCAGCAAUCACUGUCACCCCGGACAGCAGAAUGGGCUGGCCUCAGCUACGUUAACUCCUCCUCUCCCCCCUCUUCUUUCAGAGCACUGGCUCUCCAGCCCCAAGAGGAGAGCUGGAGGGAGGAGGAGGUAUAAGAAGAGGGACAGGUUCUUGGUGCUGCACCUUUGAGAACUUCCUAGUAAGGAUUGGUGGGGUGGCGUUUUGGGAACUUUCAUCCCCUGGAUACAUUUAUUGGCCUGCUCUCAUGACUUUGGGGAAAAGAUGAUUCUGGGUCUUUCUCCUUGAUUUCCUGUCUCAAUUACAAACUCCUGGGGCUUUCUGGAGAGGUGUGCAGAAGACUAAAAAAACCUGCAGCAACUCCUCAGCGAUUCUCAUGAACAACUGUGAGAGAGACAGGCCUGUGUGGAGAAAUCUGAGGGAGGCAGAAAGCUCCCCAUAUUUUCUCACAGACCCUUCCCAAUUCCGUCACCACUGCCAAAACUCUUUCCCCAGAGAUCUGGCUGGAGCCCAGAAAAAGAAGCAUGUGGUUUAAAUAAUGUUUAAAUCAAUCUGUAAAAGGUUUAAAAAUAAAAAAAGAUGAAGCUGGAGAGAGGAACCAGUUGCCAAGGUAGAGAGAGAGCUGCCUGCUCCUGCCCUCUGGAUGACAUAGGGGACAUUGACAAGAUGGCUGCCAAUCUAAGACGUCACCAAACCACAAAAAUAACAUUACAGCCUUUAGAGAAAGACUGUUAGCUCUGUCUUUAUACCCUCUAAUUUAACAUGCAUGAGAGAGUCAAUAAACCCUACUUUUUUUAUUUUUUUAUUUUUUUUUUUCCUCUCAUUUGCCUAUUUAUUUUCCUUUUUUGGUUUGUUUUUUCCAUUUCCUCCCAUGUCUAUGAGAUGCUUGGAUUGCUUUUCCAGGGGCUGGACUGACUAUUCCAAGUGGGUUUUCUUCGGAGAAUUGGAUACCAUCUAAUUGGCACCAGCUAGUCAUCUACCAUGCAACUAUCUUUGGCAUCCUUGGGGCUUAUAUGAGACAGGAAGCAUUGGCUCAGAUGUAGUGGGAGAAGAGGAACCCAGUUCCCUUGACUUCCCUUUUAAGAAAGCAUACAUUCUGCCUGGAAGUUCAACUGCCACCCUCUGGCAUGAGAGGGGAUAGUUCCAUCUUGAUAGAAGAUCUACUGUGAGUUUCACCAUGGACUGGAGGAAACCAGGAAACUGAAAAUACGCCUCCAUCUUGUGGAUUAUUUGGCCCCUUGCUGCACUAGUCUCAUGGCAGCCACUCUGCCUGACUGAAUCCAAAUUGUUUGGCCCUUACUGUUUGUCUUUGACAAGUGAAUAUAAGAGAGUGGACAUCCAUGUGAGAUACUCCCAAUCAGAAUAUAAGGCUCAAAUUGUUUAACUGAGUGGCGAAUAUCUGCCUUCCAAAGGGAUCCCACCUUCUGCAGAAGCUGCCCCUUUCCUAUUGUCCUGAAGGUCUGCAGAAUGUAUUCCUUCAUUCAACAAGCACUUACUGAGUAGUUACUAUGUACCGGUCACUAGAUUAAAAAAGAAAAGAAAAAGAUAAAACUUGGGCCCAUGAGUUCACAUUCUAUUGGGAAAUGUUAAUCUCCAUUAGGUGCACACUCCCUUCUGAUCUAGACCAUCAGGAUCAUCCAAGAAAAUGUGGCUGAAACCCAAGGAGCCAACUAGAAAGAAGCCUUUGAUUAGAUGUCCAAUACACUGGGGGCAGAAGACCUGGGAGCAACUGAGAAUGGAGCCUAAAGGACUGUGGAAUCUUGCCUGUCUGGAGUGAGCACUUCCUGCCAUUUCUGAAAGUCCCUGUACGACCAGUUUGCUGGCUGAGCUGUCUGUUGAGGCUGAAGUUUCAGGGCUCUGCAGAUCAGGGAUAUAUGGUGACCUUGGGCCUAAGUGUUUGCUCUUCAGAUUCCUAAGUAGCACAAGACUUAAUCAGAAUCUAUAGGCAUACUAACCUGGAUUACUUUGUCCCACCUAAUCUACAAGUAGAUGCAUCUGAAUCUUCAUGUCAGAAUAUUUUCAUUUAGGUCCACAAGAUGGCCCAGAUAGCUAGCCCCCAAGAAAUCUUCUGUAUUCAGCUGGUAGCUCCCAGAGAUGACAGGGUCCUCCAUGCUGGAGACUAUUAUUGCUAUUGCUGCUAAUUCCAUGAGCUGUGAAGACCCCCAACCAACUCAGCUGUAAAAUAUGCAAUUCUAUGGUGGGAAGAGGCUCUUUGUCCAAGGAUGGUGCUGAAAUCACUGCCUUAAGGUCUCCGCUAUGCAGAAUGAGGAGGCCCCAGAGCUGGGUGUUCUAACGUAGAAGGAAGGGAAUACUGGAUGGGCCUUCUUUGGACCUCUGUCUCUUCUGAACCCUAUCCUAAGCUCCAGUCCUGUGGUAAAGCUCAGACUUUUAAUGCCAUCUUAAUCUGAUGGUUGAGCCCUUAACUAUUUUCUGGUGCUGCCCAGCCAGUGCCUUCUGAUAUGGAUGUUACUGGCUACUUGAGAAAAAGGAGAGGGGAGCCUCCCUUCUUCUAUUCCAACUGCCUCAGACCCCUGCAAAGGAAUUCUUGUUUCUUGUAAUCAUGGAUACCACCGUGAAUUUUAUUUGGAUCCUCAGCAGGUUGACUCUGGAGGUCUCUCAUGCUGUGACUUUUCAUUUCUUUUCCUGGGAUCCACCACCCUCUGCUCUCAGUUGACUGCUGCAUUUAGCCCAGGUCUCCAAUUGCUUUCCUCCAGAAAGUGUGUUCACAUCUAGUGAGGUGGUGUUGCAGCCACAGUUUUCUCUCUGGAGACUGGCAUCCUGUUUACAGUUGCACACCUGGGCCCCUCACUGUGGGGAUCCAUCUUCUCAUAAAGGAAUCCUGGUUAUGUGGCAACUGCAGAAGCUUGAGCCUCCUCAUGGUGCUAUAACCCCUUGGGACGCUCAUCCAGACUUCUCUGAAGCAGAAAACCUGAAUUUCCCGCUCACUGCCCUAGAAUUAAUGGCAAAAGCAAAUCCACAGCAUUCUCUCCUACCUACGCUUCUUGAUUGAGACUACUGGGAUCCUUCAAAAAAGAAAAACUGGGUCCUAUAGCUAAUCUCAACCCUCAGAUAACCUUCAGAAGAUUCUAGCCUAAGACUGGAAUUCAUGCUAUACCCUUCCUCUCCAGCCCCCCAACUCUAUCCCUCACCAAAGCUGGCUAGCAAAUGACAUGGUUCAAUACCCAGCAUCAACCUAUGGGGAGAGCCACAACUCCAGGAGAGGCUGCUCAGCAGAGUCCCUCUCAUUUCUGGAUAAAGAAGACCAAGUUUUGUCCAAUGUAUUUGUUUUUCAGUCCCUGCCUAAGCACUAAAAAUAAAAUACUAGGUAAUUGGAGGCUAAUAUGGGACCUGGUGUGUGUAUGCCUAUGUCUCUCCUCUUCUCUCUCUGUCUCUUUCUCUUCCUCUCUCUUGCGUUUGCUGUUUCCUAUCUUCUGAGGCUUCACUGAGUAAUUUUUUUUAAAUCUGUGCUGUACGGUGCUUAUCUCUGUCUUUAUGUAAACUCUUACACUAAUGUCUUUUUCAUGUAGUCUAACCAUUGGGAAGCUAGAGGCUGGCAGGGAAGAAGAAUUUGCUAAAAGUCCAUGGGGAGACCUUAAAAUGAAGUCCUUAUUGGUUGCUAUGCUAGGUUUUGGUCUUGAACUACCAACCUUUCCACCAAUCAAUCCAUAUUCCUUAAGGACUUAAGACAAAAUAGUGACUUUUUUCCUUUUUUGCUUCUUGCUUUCUGGUUUUCCUGGCUUGCAAGACUCAAGUGGACCUAAUCUCUCUAUCUCUUUACUUCUAGCUGCCUGAGACAAAGGAAUACCCCUUUUCAGUGGUCUAAGAGACAACUCUAUUUCCUAUAGUAUUCCAAAAGAGUAGGAAGAGAGAAGUGGUAGCCUGCUGUUUCUCAAAAACACCUCAUGCCAACACCUGAGAAGGCACUCAUAUACAGAAACCUGGCAUAUAGGUGAAAUUUGCCUGCAAACAAGAGAAAAAAGAGUGAGGCCCAGUCCUGAAAACUGGGAUCAGGGAGAUAGCUACAUGAGACCUUAAGGAGUCUUUAUUGCAAAGUGUUUGGGAGGGGAAGUUGUCCUAAUCACACAUUUAACACAGGGUUCAAGUGUUGAGGUAGCCUGGAUCACCAAAUGUAGCUCCUCAUCCUGCUUCAUUUUUUUCUUUCCGUAGUGGAUAUUAGAUAAGCUGUAGCUAAUCAGCCAACUCCAGGGAUGGGAUGAAAUGUGCUUCUGCAGAGGGUUUAUUAAUGGCAACAGAUAUACUAAUGAAAUACUGGUAUGCUCAUGAUGACGGUCAUAACUGAUUCACGGCCCAACUGACAAUGCCAUAAGUAAUAAAAUGAUCUUAGAGACACUCUGUUCCCAAAGGCUGCUCUUUAUAAUCCAAUCAGCCUUAUAUUCAUGAGCCGUUAAUCAACCUGACCAGCAGGGAUACACAGGGCCACCAACCUGGCUGUCGCCUCUGCCAGGGUGCCCGUGUGCACAUCUGCUCAGCCACGCCCUGGAAGCAAGCACUGCCGGCCACAGACCCUGGGAAAGGUGGAAGUAAACUGGAAGGUGGUAUAGUCCUAAAGUGAAACAAUCAAAAUUUGGAGGCUGCUGGGAGACCAAGACAAUUGAAAACUAAACCUAGGUCCUCUCAGCUUGAUGUUUUGACCAUCAUUCUUAAUGACUGUGCCAUGGAGAAUUUUCCAUGGCAAGGGUGGUCGUGGAGGUAAGUGAACCACUAGUUCCUUGACUCAACCCUUUUCAUUACUUAAAGCAGUGGUUCUCAAAGUGUGGUCCCAAAUCAGCAGCAUCAGCAUCAUCUGGGAACAUGUUAAAAAUAAAAUUCUCAGGCCCCAUCCCAGACCUACAGAAACAGAAACUCUGGGAAUAGGACCAAGGAAUCCGUGUUUUAACAAACCUUCCCAGUGAUUCUGACGCACACUAAAGAUUGAGAUUCACUGUUUUAAAGGGAAAGCCACCUAUCAGAGUCCCCACACUGAGGGGCUUUAAGACUGAAAAUAAGAAGGUCCUAGGUGACAAUUCAGACUUCAUAAUUAAUUUCAAAGUCACCUUUUUCAUGCUUAUGUUUGUUUUUCAUUUUAUUUUAACAAAGAAAAAACAGGUGUGCUUUGGGGCAGAAGUUAGGAGAGUACAUCUUUCCUAGUUGAACACAACGGUCAGUGAAAAAUCUCACAGUUCUGAAAUGUCUACCUGGCAAACUAAAGGGCUUCAACAGAGAAAAGCAGUCGGACGUCUCUUCCAGAUUGCUCUUCUGCUGGAUUAUAUGUGUCUAUAUCUGAAUCUUUUUCUGAUUAUGUAAUAGGAUGGAAGAAGUUUAAAAAAAAAAAAAA